AUGGAUAAAAAACUUGAUACUCUACUUAGCUUUCUAUACGAUUUAAAUGAUUCUCUGUAGUUGAACAAAUUUAGUGUCAAUAUCAAUUUUAUUUAAUUGUUGUACUGGCCCUUUAAGCAAACAUUUCCAGAGUCAGGAUUUAAAUACUCUUCUGAAUUAUUAGAACACCUUUUCUUCAGAUAUGAAAAGAGACUAACUGCUCAAGUAGAACACCUUAUUAUAGAUUCCAGGUAUUGCAUAAUAAAGAAGGAGUUAGCAAAAGACAUAGCUAAUUUCUGCUAGGACAUCUAUAAUCUUUAAUCAAUUUCUUUGGAUCUCAAGUAUAACUAAUUAACUAGCUUAUCAGGAGAGAGCAUAGCCAGUAUUUUCUUGAGCAAAAAAUGUCUCUAAAACAUACAUCUAGACUUAGAAAAUAAUUUAAUUGGAGACAAAGGAUUAAAGCAAAUACUGCUAAACAUAGCUAGUCUUCCUUUGCUAGUUAACUUGAAUCUUAAUUUGAGAUAGAACGAAUUAACAAAGAAAUCAGCUCACAGGAUAUCAUAAAUAUUGUAAAAAUAGGAGAAUUUAGAAAGUCUUCUAGUAAACGUAGAAUAGAACGAUAUUACUGAUGAAGGAGCUUUCUAAAUAAUUUAAUCAAUUCAAUACCUAUCCUAAUUGAAAGUGCUUUCCUUAAAUCUAGGGUACAAUCGAUUUAUCCAUUUAGAGAAGCUACGCACUCUUAGAUAAUUCUAGCUACAUAAUCUGUAGACAUUCGAGUUUUCAUUUGUUAAUUAAUAGUUUUAAAACAUUCCAGUUCAUCUCAUACAUUAAAUGACUAAAAAUAGUCUUUAAUUAGAAAAUUUAUUCAUCGAUCUAAGAUCAAAUGACUUAUCUGAUUAUUCAGUAUUAUGCUUAGCAGCCUCUUUAUAAAAGUUUGAAUUCUUAACAAGUUUAAACGUUAAUUUAAUGUCUAAUCCUAUAGAAUUAACAAGCUUUAAAAAACUAAUAGAAAUUUGCUAUGGAUUUAAUUUACUUCAGUCAGCAAUUAUAUCUCAUAGAAAUUUUUAAUAAAAUGCUAACAACAAUAAUAACCAAAGACAUUCUAAAGACUGCCUGUGCUAUAAACUGCAAAAGAAAACAAUAGAAAACAAAAGAGCUAUUCUCAUACUUAAUGCCUAUGAGAAAUAUAUUAAACCAAACUUGAUUUCUUACAAACACACAAAUAUGAAUUUAAAGUUAAAUUUUUGGGAUUUGCAUUAUUGA